UUCUGAGUAAUGUUUCAUUCCAUUAAUGUAUGAUACAGCCAUGUGAAUAUUAGUUUAGUCAUGCAGUAGUUGCUACAACACAACUUCAUUUUCAACUUCCAAUUAGGUCACAUUUACAUUUUUACAAUUUUUUUACAUUAGUGAUUUUUUUAGUAGAGUAUGUACCACUUUAAAUCUGAUGUUUUAAUUCUUUCUUAGUGCACAAUAAUUUGUUGUCUUUUCUCAUUACAGAAAAUUGAGAUUAGGGUUUUUUUGUUGUUUUGUUUUGUGACUAAUUAUUAACCGCAAGCCUUUUGCAUGCUAAGCAAGUGAUCUACCAUUGAGUUCUAUCUCUAGCCAGUCCCUUCUUUUAAAGUAUAGUAUUUUAACUUUCUUUGACUUUGUUCUUUGACAAUUUCACACAUCUAUGUCAUGCAUUUUGUUUCUUAUGACCUCCGACUCCACCUCCCUGCAACCCCUGUUACUUCCCUUACUUCCUUACAAGAUCUUUCCCAUGUUUAUGAUUUUGAGUAUUCUGAUAACUCUUGUGUUGGCAUACUAAUUACUGGGUUUCAGCAUGACUUCUGCAAACAUGUCAUUCCUUUUGGUCUCAUUCAUUCCUAAUCUCUGCUGUUCCCCUGGAUCCCUUCCCUUUUCCUGCAAGUCCCCCAUUCUGUUUUCUUGUCCCAGUGACUUCAUUACCCUUUCUUUCUCACCCCUGCAAGACCAAGAGCUCUUUCUGAUGUUCAUUCUUGCUGACAUAUAAAAUGGAUUGUGUCGUAUAAUGCAAAUACAAUGUAAUAGUCUGCAUGAAAAUCAACAUAAAUUUGAACACAUUUAAAUUUUGGUGUGACAACACUGAUGGACUGAUGGAAGGAUGCUUUUCAUUUUAUAUUGAAACUUAAUUGUCAAAUUUAGAAACAGACAAAUUAAAGCUUGUAGAGAAAAUAAUUUUUAUCUCCAGUUCCUUUCAACACAGUUGUUCUUCAAAUUUGAUCUACUUCCAAGUGAUGUAUUUUGACUGCUUUAUCUUAAUAGUCAACUUUUAUGUGUUACCCACUCGUUGCAAAAGGAUUUACAGUUCUUAUUUCCCACCUUAGACACACACACACACACACACACACACACACACACACACAAAAGCUGCACAUUUCCCUUCUAGUUUCCUGGUAGAAGUGUCAGAAAAUAUUGUCAGUUUUGUUUCUGUGGGUUUCUAGGAAUCAAACCCAAGGCCUCCUAAAUGAGUACCAUCCCUGAAAUGAAACUAAUAUUAAUGUCUACCUACCAAUGUCUCUUAUCUAUGUAUACUUAGUAGUACAGUAUUAUGACAUUUCUUUUUUAGAAGAUAUCUUCCCCAGAGCUGAUAGCUGCUGUUUUAGAUCAGGCUAAAGUUCUAUUUUGUGCUAGAGAUUUUUGUGCCCCUCUCUUUCCACACUAAGUGAGCAAGCAAAGCAAUGGGUUACCAUAAGCAGUACCCUCCAUUCUUUCUAAUGACUUUUCACAUCAUAGUCCUCUUAAAUAUUAACAUUUUUCCUUCAAAUAUUCAAAUAUAAAAUACAAAUAAAUUGUGUUUGAUUCCUAGAGAUCUUUUAUUCAUAGCUCUUCUUUGUUUAGACUGUUUACUCUAUGGCUGUCAUGCUUUUAAUACUUUCCCCACACUGCCCACCUUUUAUACAACCCAGUAUCAUUUCUGCAUUUACUUUCUUACUUGGUUGGAACCCAAUUUCAUUAAAAUAGAUGCAGAGGUAGUUUUUAAAAAACAACUUUUGAUAAUUUACAUAAGUGAAGCAAUUUUUUGUCUUAUUGAUAGUUUGACUGGGUAUAAAAGUAUAAUUUGAAAAUUUCUCUCAUACUUAAAAAAGCACUUUUCUUUUUCUUAAUUGUAUAGACUCACCUUUCACAAGGACAAUUCUAUUCUAAAUAGUAUCCCAUUUUCUGCAAUAUUUUUUCCAAUCAAUCCGAAAGCACUGGAAAACUUAACCUCAAUAGUCUGAAAAUGCCAUAGCAGGGACUAUUUCUUUGUUAAGCUUUUCACAAGGAUAUACCCUGUCAAUGUUCAGACUAUCAGUUCAGAGAAAAAAUUUCAUUUUAUUUUGCCAUAAUUUCUCUCCUGUAUUUUCUAAAACUUUUUAUUAACUAUUUGACUAACUGGACUGGUUCUAUUAAGAUCCUAAGCAUGUUUCCUUUUGUAGUUCCUAUUUGCCUCUGGUUCUACUUUCUUACACUGCCCAUUUAAGUAUUCAAUCUUUAUAUGUAAGCUUUCCUUUUUGGUAGAAAAUUUGUAAAUGCAAUAUGUUUUCUUAUCUGUAAUUUUCCAUCUUAGAAUAUAUUACAAAGAUAUACUAGUUCAGCAUUGUUAGUGUUAUACAGCCACUUUAAAAAUUAAGAGUGAUUCAGGGAAGUUGAAGAAAUUUACCAAAAUUAUAUAGUUUGUAUGGGACAUUUAAGUCCCCUAUCUAUUCUGCUUUCUUUUCUUAACUUUUGAAGCAGGAUUUCAAGUAUAUAGUACAGGGUAGCCUCAAAUAUGCAAUCUUUAUGACUAUGCCUCUUAAGUAUUGGGACUACAGGUAUUAUGUAGGCAGACCCACAUCGGUAAGUGUAAUAAUUUAUUUGCACUUCCACACUUUCCAGAUUAGAAUUCUGGACUAUUUACUGUCUGAGAUUGUGUCCACCAUAGACCUUGUGUUCUACAGUCUGAGAGCAUUGCUUGAGAAGAGACUUGAAAUCUCACUAUUCAAAACUCUAAAGUUCUACUUUCCUUUAGUUUAAUUUCAUACUUUUUCUUCAGCACUACUUACAUGUCAGACUAGACAAGGUUUGCUAAUCUCUCCUCAUCAAGUAUCCAUUCUCUACCUUGAGUGACUUUUCUGUCUCUGUAGUCACUGAGAACAGAGAAUUUACUACUGUAAAUACAAAUAAUAAAUUGUUCAUCUCAUGAUUAACAUUAAUCUUCCAGUUUCUCUAAAUCUAGAAUGUGAACGGUAUUCGGAGAGACAAACAUGUCAAAUGCCCUAUCUCCAGUGAUGGAGUUUUAGACAUUUCCUUGAACUUCAUAGUAAGUUUCUUCCAUCUGCUUUCUAUCAUCAAACACAUGUGUACACUUUAAUUUUAUGAGUUCUCACUUUGUUACCUUCCUAUCAGCUUCCUGGGUAUUUUAAAGGCAGAAGGAUAACUACAUAUUACCAGCACAUCCAUCUUUCAGUUUUUAUCUUUUGUGCUGGUUUAUUUUCUAUUUCAACCAUAUACAGAACUUAAAUUUUUAAAAAUUCAAUUCAAACUGCAUUUUCAACUCCAACUGUUUCAUGCAUUCCUGGGUACUUUUGAAACUUUCAAUAGUGGAUAUAAUUGAUGAGCUUCUAGCAUCUGUUCCCAACAGUCUCCUCCUUCAGUAGCAAUCUUGAUCUUCAGUUAGGGAUACCCUACCCACAAGCUUCAGAGAUGACACUAGUUAGGGUCAAACAAGCAAAGGGCAGAUCUUCAGACUCUGUGACUAAAAGAUAACCCUACGAUGCUAUAUUUGAAUAACUGUAUGUUACUUCGCUAGCCAGAACACGGUAUUAAUUGGUUUCAUCAGAGGUUAAAUUUUCACUCUCUUUAGGAAAGCAAAUGUCUCUCCUUUUUCUUCCCAAACUGCUGUGUAUUGUUGGCAGAAUGUUUUAGGAACCUGAGGGACGUCAGCAUUAGGAAUGAGAGUGUACUUCACACAAAAUGGCACAUUUGUAUUUGUACACAACUUUCUGAAUUUUUGUCACUUGCAAGAAACUGGAACACAACUAUGAAUUAAUAUAAUAUGUUCCUUAAUGUGUACCAUCUCCUGGCUAAUGCAGUUUCAUAGCCCUAAGAGAACCUCUGAAACUUUAUGUAGACACUUUUUCUUUCCCUUUCUGCCUAAGCAAGGUCUAGUGAGGGGGGAUGUGUUAAAUUUAACAGUGUUAUAUUCCUGAGAUACUUAACACGUGCUUUAAAACAAAUACUCACAUCAUCAUGAACUAUAGAGAACACUGAUGGAAAAAAAAUAUGCUAGUAACCACAAAACCAACAAAUAUUUGUCUCUGAGGGACGUUCAAUGUAAGUGGAACUUAAGUAGCAUUCAUCAAACUGUGAAAAUCUGAGAAGACACAUGGUGGCGCUGCAGGACCAUGUUACAGAAAAAAAAAUCACGUUCAAUGCUGCGGACACACAGCCCAAGCAAGCACGGAAAACUAGGAAGAAAUAACAGGCCGUGAAAGGUGCUACCUAAAAACCUUUCAUCCGUUGGAUUCCGAGGAUUCUGUGGACAAAUCAAGGGACAUAUUUUACAGAACUGCAUGGUGAGGCAGAAGUGAUUCUUUCAGAAGCCUGCCGGAAAGGAGCUAUGGAGAACCGAGGGGGAAAGUAUCCACAGACAAGGCAAGUCCUGCUUCUCUUUGUUUUGCUGGGAAUGUCUCAAACGCACGCUGAGCCUGGGAGACUUUCGGUGGUGGAGGAGACGCUGAGCGGGGCCUUGGUAGGCAAUUUGGUAAAGGAUCUGGGGCUCGAGGUAGUUGAGCUGUCUUCACGGGGGGCUCAAGUGGUCUCUAAGGAUAACAAACUGCCUUUGCUUUUGAACAUAAAUACAGGAGAUUUGCUCCUAAGCGAACCAUUAGACAGGGAGGAGCUGUGUGGCUCCACCGAGCCCUGCCUGAUGCAUUUCCAGGUGUUAAUGAAAAACCCCUUACAGAUUUUGCAAGUUGAGCUUCAGGUCAGGGAUAUAAAUGACAACUCCCCCAUAUUCUUGGAAAAGGAAAUGGUUCUAGAAAUCCCAGAGAAUAGCCCAGUUGGUUCUGUGUUCUUACUAGAAAGUGCGACGGAUUUAGAUGUAGGACCCAAUGCUGUGAAAAACUACAUCAUAAGCCAGAGCUCUCAUUUCCACAUUACAAUGAGAGUUAAUCCUGAUGGCAGGAAAUACCCAGAGUUAGUUUUGGACAAGGCACUGGACUACGAGGAGCAGCCACAGCUCAGUCUCAUCCUCACUGCUUUGGAUGGCGGGACUCCACCCAGGUCUGGGACUGCCUUGGUUCGGGUGGAAGUCAUAGAUAUUAAUGACAACUCCCCCGAGUUUGAGCACAUGUUCUAUGAAGUGAAGAUUCCAGAGAAUAGCAUCCUUGGCUCACUGGUUAUCACUGCAUCAGCUUGGGAUCUAGACUCGGGAAUUAAUGGUGAACUCUCAUAUGCCUUUUCUCAUGCAUCAGAGGAUAUUCAAAAGACAUUUGCAAUUAAUAAAAACUCUGGAGAAAUACGGUUAAUAGGAUAUUUGGACUUUGAAACAACUGAAUCCUACUCAAUAAUCAUUAAGGCUACAGAUCGGGGAGGACUUUUUGGGAAAUCUACAGUAAGAAUUCAGGUGAUGGAUGUGAAUGACAAUUCUCCUGAAAUUGCUGUGUCAUCAUUUAUCAGUCCAAUCCCAGAAAACACCCCAGAGACUUUAGUUAUGAUUUUUAGUACCCAAGACAAGGACUCAGGAGAGAACAGCAGGAUGAUCUGUUCUAUUCUGGAGGACCUCCCAUUUGUGCUAAAAUCUUCGAUUGAAAAUUACUACCACUUAGAAACUGAGGGAGCACUGGAUAGAGAGAGCAGAGCUGAGUACAACAUCACCAUCACAGUCACCGACAUGGGCACACCCAGGCUCACAACCCAGCACACCAUAACAGUGCAGGUGGCUGAUGUUAACGACAAUGCCCCCGCCUUCACACAAACCUCCUACACCCUGUUUGUCCAAGAGAACAACAGCCCCGCCUUGCACAUAGGCACCAUCAGCGCCACAGACUCAGACUCAGGCUCCAAUGCCCACAUCACCUACUCGCUCCUGCCCACCCACGACCUGCAACUGGCCCUGGACUCGCUCAUCUCUAUCAAUGCAGAAAAUGGGCAGCUGUUCGCGCUCAGGGCGCUGGACUAUGAGGCCCUGCAGGCCUUCGAGUUCCACGUGGGCGCCACAGACCAAGGCUCUCCUGCGCUCAGCAGCCAGGCGCUGGUGCGAGUGCUGGUGCUGGACGCCAACGACAAUGCGCCCUUCGUGCUCUACCCGCUGCAGAACACCUCUGCACCCUACACAGAGCUGCUGCCCAGGGCAGCAGAGCCAGGCUACCUCGUCACCAAGGUGGUGGCAGUGGACCGCGACUCUGGACAGAAUGCCUGGCUGUCCUUCCAGCUGCUCAAGGCCACAGAGCCCGGACUGUUCAGUGUGUGGGCUCACAAUGGCGAGGUGCGCACCUCCAGGCUGCUGAGUGAGCGCGAUGCUCCCAAGCACAAGCUGCUGCUGCUGGUCAAGGACAAUGGAGAUCCUCCAAGAUCUGCCAGUGUCACUCUGCAUGUGCUGCUGGUGGAUGGCUUCUCUCAGCCCUACCUGCCUCUGCCAGAGGUGGCGCGCGACCCCGCACAGGACGACGACGCGCUCACUCUGUACCUGGUCAUUGCCCUGGCUUCUGUGUCUUCCAUCUUCCUCUUGUCUGUGCUGCUGUUCGUGGGGGUGAGGCUGUGCAGGAGGGCCAGGGCGGCCUCUCUAGGUGGCUGCUCUGUGCCUGAGGGACACUUUCCUGGCCACCUGGUGGAUGUCAGUGGGGCAGGGACCCUGUCCCAGAGCUACCAGUAUGAGGUGUGUCUGAUGGGAGGUACUGGCACAAAUGAGUUCAAAUUCCUGAAGCCAAUACCCCCCAAUCUACCACCCCAGUUCCCUGGAAAAGAACUGGAGGAAAGCCCUACUCUCCACAAUAGUUUUGGGUUAUUUAGUGACCAUAACUGAUGCUAUAUUUCAUAUAUGUUUCAUUGCAUGGCUAUCCCAAGGCAGUGCGCAUUUCUCCCAGUUUGCAUGAUCUUCACAUCUGCUAGUAUUUACAGUUCCUUUGUGCCUCCCACUUUUCAAUUUAUGUCAGCACUUGUAAUAAGAUGCUAAUUUAUUCUGUGGCCGGUUCUCUACCUUGUAAAGACUUUAUCUCCUUAAACAACACAAAAUCACCCGAUCUGUCUUCUCCAGUUGCACCUUCCCCUUCACUGUGCUUACGAUGAAAUAAACAGACCACUGCAGGGGUAGUUGAAAUGUCCAAGCAUAUCUUUCAUUGUCGCUCUUUCGGUAGUUCUUCUUGUGGCUUAUUAUUGUUGAUGCUAUUUUCAAGUAAGUUUAUUUAAAAAAAAAAACACCCUAGUUGAGAUAUUAUGUUUAAAUGUUUGUUAAUGUUGACUGUAUUGAUAUGUUGGAAAAUCUAUACUGUGAUACAGCCAUUAGGCCCAUUGAAAAGGAGCCCGUAGUGGGUCUAGGAAUGGCUCAGUCAUAGGUCCCCAGAUAGAUCACAACACAGAAUAAAGAAGUGGGGACAGUAA